AUUUGUUUGUCGUUAGAAAUCGUCGGACACAGCCGCAGUGUUUUCUCCGAGCGGGAAUUUAAAUUCAAAUUAGAAAUCCCCAAAGUCGCAACGAAUCCAGAAUGUCGCCGAACAGCAAAUCGGAAAAACCAGUCAAUCCCAAUGAGCACCUUCACAUUCCAAAGUGGGUGAACGAGGAUUAUUUCCUGCCAAUCAUUGAAAAAGAUGUGGAAAACUUCGAUAAGAUUGUGAACUUUACGCCAGUUGCGGCUACAGCACCUGGCGAAAAUUAUACUUCGAUAAUGAUUCGGGUGAUUGUGGAUAUACUGCUUAAAGAUGGCAGUGAACAGAGGAUCUCGUACAUUUUGAAAACCAUGUUGGAGGCUGACAGUGGUGCGGAUGUGGUCGAUGGCAUGGGACUCUUCCCCAAGGAGAGAAAGAUGUACGAGGUGCACAUCCCGCAGUUUGUGAAGCUCUACAAGGAGGCGGGUCUGGAGAUUGAGUUGGCACCCAAGUGCCUCCAUGUGCAGGCCACUGCUGAAUUGAUCACCCUGGUUUUCGAGGAUCUCAGCCGGCAGCAAUUCAAGAAUUUCGAUCGGCUGAAGGGCUUCGAUCUGCCGCACAUGCGCAGUGUGCUGCGGAAACUGGCGGAACUCCAUGCGGCAUCCGCGGUUGCCAGGGAAAUCAAUGGACCCUACGAUCCGCUCUACUCCAUGUCGAUGUACAACGAGCAGAGUCGGCAGCUUUUCCAGAGCCUCGGCGAGAUGCGAGAGGUGCAGUUCCUCAAGGCAAUGCGGAAUUGGGGACUCGAGGAUACCGAAAGGUAUAUCGCCAAGUUGUGGAACCCCAUGGAGGUGUUCGAAGAAGCCCUGCAAAUCAAUCAGGUUGAUGAGAGCGAGUUCAAUGUGCUGAAUCACGGGGACUGCUGGUCCAACAACAUCAUGUUUAACUACAAGGACAAUGGCGAGAUCAAUAGAACAUUAUUUGUAGACCUGCAGAUCGGCAAGUGGGGCACUCCGGCCCAGGACCUUUGGUACCUGAUCACCACAUCAGCUUCGUUGGAUAUCAAGGUCAAGGAGUUCGAUCACUUCAUCCAGAUCUACCAUGAACGAUUGGCGGAGUGCCUGACACUCCUGAAAUACUCGAAACCUAUUCCCUCCCUGAGGGAUUUGCAUAUAAUGAUGCUGAAGUACGGAUUCUGGGGACCACUGACAGCUUUGGGUGUGAUGGUGGCCACACUCAUGCCCACCGACAAGGAUGCCAACAUGAAAAUGAUGAUGGCCCCAGGACCCGAGGCAGAUGCCCUGCGCUACAGGACCUUCAUCAAUCCCUACUACUCCAAUGCCAUGAAACUGCUAUUGCCGUUUUUCGAAAACAAGGGACUCUUGAAAUCGUAAUAGGAUUAAUCCCCUUACCCACUUACAGUGUAGCCAAAUUUUUGUGAUAUCAUAUAUCAUAGGAACGUGCAAUAAAUAAGAAUUUGUAUUUAUUUCAAA